CACCGGACAUUUCCUGAAAAAAACCGUGGUGGUGGUGGGUUCCGCGGUCGUGGAGGACAAAGAAAUAAUCGAUUUUCCAGAGGAGGAGGUCGAAACUACGGCAGUAACGAUUUUGAUAAGAAAUAUGGACGAAUUGGUGGCGGUAACGAAGAAGAAGUGCGUGAAAGCAUAAGAGAUGAAGAUAAACGAAGCGAAGGGAAAGAGACGUACCCUGCAGACCUGGUAGCCUACUUGAAGAACAUUCAGCAAAUGAUAGAGACAGAAGGAGUUGUGGACAACAUGGUGAUCGAUAAGUGUGCAGAAGAGUGUUCGGGUGAAGAAGAGAAGCUGCUAUUAUUCAGAGACUCGUCUAUUGUCGUUGAGAGCGUAUUCGGU